CCUUUGAACCAGAUAGGGCCUUAAGUUACUGUGAUAGUUUUCCAUUUCAUAAAUUCUUAGGAUUAGAUAGCAGAGUGGGACGCCCAUGUCGAUAGCUUCCCAGUUCCCACGCCAACAAAUGAAGUGCCAGUAAUUUGUGUUUCAAGAGUUCUCGAUUUCUAACUCCAUUUCUUUUGCUGCUAUCUCACAUCCCUCCAGUUCGUUUUGUGGAUCGAUCUCAUAAGCUGCUUCGUUUUAAAGAAUCAUCACAUUUUCCGCAGCAAGCUUUGGGAGCUCCAAUGAUUCCUUUUGAGUUGCUUGACUGUCAUUCAAAGAGAGGUGGGGAGGAAACUAGAACAUUCUUUCCUGCUAGUAAUCCAAUGCUCAUCCAUUUCAAUGAAAUAUACUCAUUGACGAGAGGUGGAGUUCUGAGUAUAGAGGAGGACCAUUCAUCUAAUUCAUGCCGAGGAAUGAAGCACUCCCGUUCAUGUGAAAGUGAGCUUGUAGAAGAAAAGGAAGAGGAAAGGCGGAUGAAACGGAGUGCAACUAAUUAUAAGGAGGAGGAGGAUUUAUCGGAGGUGUUUGAUAAGGUUUUGCUGUGUACUGAUGAUUCUCCAUCUGCACUAGGCAAACAACUACAGAAAGAGCGAAGUGGUCGCAAGGGCCGUGCAGAUAAACGAGGAGAUGGUUGCGAAUUUGUGCAUAUGGAAUCUCUUCUGUUAAACUGUGCAAAAUCAAUUGCAGCUGCUAGUUACAAGGUGGCAGCAGAACAACUAAAGAUGAUCAGGCAAUACUCUUCUCCAGUAGGUGAUGCAAACCAAAGGCUGACCCAUGCAUUUGCUAAUGGUCUUGAGGCCCGGCUGGCUGGAACUGAGGCACAACUACAUGUUUCAUUAUCAUCUCAGAAUGACAUAGUAGUUCCAGAAAUGCAAAAAUCUCGCAUUUCAUCAUCUUUGCCGUUUAUGAGAAUAUCAAUCUUCUUUGCUAAUAAAAUGAUUUAUGAAGUUGCGUCAAGAGGGGCAUCACUGCAUGUUAUAGAUUUUGGUAUUCUUCACGGUGUCCAGUGGCCCACUCUUAUUCAGGAUCUUUCACAAAGACCCGGUGGCCCUCCUAAACUUCGAAUAACUGGUAUUGAGCUUCCCCAACCUGGUUUUCGUCCGUCACACAUGGUAUUGGAGACAGGUUGUCGCUUGGCUAAAUAUUGCCAACGCUUCGGAGUACCAUUUGAAUACAACUCUAUAACAUCAAAGAAUUGGGAGGCAAUUAAGAUAAAUGAUUUGAAGCUCGAGAAAGGUGAGGUGGUUGCUGUUAAUUGUACUCUUCGAUUCAAACGCCUACUAGAUGAGACCGUAUGUGGUGCCGACAACCCAAGAGAUGGUGUUUUAAACUUAAUCCGGCAAGUAAACCCUCAUAUCUUUGUGCAUUCUGUGGUCAAUGCAUCCUGGAACUCUCCUUUCUUUGUCAAUCGGUUCCGAUCGGCUCUCUUUUACUUUUCUGCUGUCUUUGAUAUGCUUGAAUCUGUUUUCUCACAACACGAUAGUCAAAGGUUUAAUUUGGAACAAGCACUUAUGGGGCCUGGUAUAGCAAAUAUUAUAGGAUGUGAAGGCAUGGAAAGAUUAGACAGGCCAGAAACCUACAUGCAGUGGCAAAGUCGUAUUAUGAGGGCUGGGUUCAAGCCUGUGCCCCUUAACCCUCAACUUGUAAAAAAGUUAAGAAGCAAGGCGAGGGAAGCACAUCACAAAAACUUUCUGUUUGCUGAAGACGGCCAUUGGGUGCUGCAGGGGUGGAAAGGCCAUAUCUUCUUCGGCAGCUGUGCCUGGGUAGCUCACAACCAAAAUAUUAUUUAAGAGAUCGUAUAGUAAAAGAUGUCAGAUACUAACAGGAAGGAGUUUGUUUCAAUAUCCCGAUAGAAGACGAUUGUGAAGCUGGCCUAUGAAAUUGUAUAUUUGCAUUUAUGUUUAGGCUAUCGAGCAUACUAUGAAAUUGUAUAUUUGCAUUUACGUUUAGGCUAUCGAGCAUAUAUUGAUCAAUCUGCUACUCUUAAAACGUCUUCGCAAAUCUAUAUACCAAUUAACUAAUUAACCAACUUCUAAGGGCUUUUCCGUAACUGCAA